AUGUCAGACGUAAAGAGAACAGAAACCCCAAUUAUUUUUGCUCCGGAAACGUAUCAAUAUGAUAAGGGACAUUUGAAAGAGAAUGAGCUCCAAUCCAAUCCAAUUGAACAGUUUCAUGAAUGGUUUGAUGUUGCUAGAAAGUCAAAUACCGAUGGUUCCUUCCUUCCAGAAUCAGUAACCUUUUCCACAGCAAGAUUACCAUCCGGUAGAGUCUCUGCAAGAACAGUAUUAUUCAAAGAAUUAGAUACCCAUGGAUUUAUUAUCUACUCGAAUUGGGAUAAGUCAAAGAAGUCGCAAGAUUUUGAUACUAAUAAGCAUGCAGCGUUGACGUUUUUCUGGCCUAGUAUCCAAAGACAGGUCAGAGUUGAAGGGAUUAUGGAGAAAGUGACUAGGGAAACGUCAGUGAGAUAUUUCAAUACCAGACCUAGAGGAUCAAAGAUUGGUGCAUGGGCAUCUCCCCAAUCGCAGAUUUUAAAGGACAGGGCAGAGUUAGAUAGUAUCGAUAAAGAAUUUGAAGCCAAAUUCAAGGAUGUAACGGAUGAAGAUAUCCCCUGUCCCGAAUACUGGGGUGGAGUUAGGAUAGUUCCAUUAGAAAUUGAGUUUUGGCAAGGUGGAAUGAGUAGAUUGCAUGACAGGAUCUGUUUCAGGAGAGAAACUAUUGAUGACACCAAAUGGAAUAUGGUCCGCCUUUCACCAUAG